CGCCACGUGACUCGGCUGCCAAGUGCGCUCCCGAGUUUGACAGAAGUUUGAAUCGGACUCGAGGGCUUUCUGCAGCCGGAGGGGCUGAGCCUCGGUCCCGGCCUCCGCGAGCGCGAGCUGCAGCGCCCCCGCGACCCGCCCCGCCAGCCUGGAGCCCGGGCCGCCGACGGCCGUCCGCGCUCCCGCACCGCUCGCUGCCCCCGCCUCCGGCCAGCAGUCGCCGGCCCGACCGCGGUGCCCACAGCCUCCCGGCCAGGGAGCCGAGCCCCCGCGCUGCGCCCCGGACCCGCUGCGCCAGCAUGUCUUCGACGGAGGGCCCCAGUCGCGCAGCGGACAAGUCACCGCGCCAGCAGGUGGACCGUCUGCUGGUGGGCAUGCGCUGGAGGCGGCUGGAGGAGCCUCUGGGCUUCAUCAAAGUUCUCCAGUGGCUCUUUGCUAUUUUCGCCUUCGGGUCCUGCGGCUCCUACAGCGGGGAGACAGGAGCAACAGUUCGCUGCAACAACGAAGCCAAGGAUGUGAGCUCCAUCAUUGUUUUGUUCGGCUAUCCCUUCAGGUUGAACCGGGUCCAGUAUGAGAUGCCCCUCUGCGACGAUGACUCCACCUCCAAGACUAUGCACCUGAUGGGGGAUUUCUCUGCUCCCGCUGAGUUCUUUGUGACCCUGGGCAUCUUUUCCUUCUUCUACACCAUGGCUGCACUAGUUGUCUACCUGCGCUUCCACAACCUCUAUGCAGAGAACAAGCGUUUCCCCCUGGUGGACUUCUGCGUGACUGUCUCCUUCACCUUCUUCUGGCUGGUAGCUGCAGCGGCCUGGGGCAAGGGCUUGACAGACAUCAAGGGGGCCACACGGCCAUCCAGCCUGACCGCAGCCAUGUCUGUGUGCCAUGGAGAGGAAGCAGUGUGCAGCGCUGGGGCCACACCCUCCAUGGGACUGGCCAACAUCUCUGUGCUCUUCGGCUUUAUCAACUUCUUCCUGUGGGCCGGGAACUGUUGGUUUGUGUUCAAGGAGACCCCGUGGCAUGGGCAGGGCCAGGACCAGGACCAGGGCCAGGGCCCCAGCCAGGAGAGCGCAGCUGAGCAGGGAGCGGUGGAGAAGCAGUAAGCAGCUCCCACCUGGCUACUCCUGAACAGGACAGCACCUCUUCAACCACCUCCAGCUUCCAGGACCUCCCUCUUCCUCCUUCUCCAACUCCCCUCCUCCAUCAUUCUGGGCUUUGAGCUUUGAGACGUCGUCGAUGGAUGGGCAGGCAUCAGCUGUCAGAAACCCCAGCAGCCCUACCAGUGGCUUCCUAUCUCUCCUCUUGCUGGAGCCUCGGAUGGCAGGAGCUCAGUGCUUCUUGUCUACGGCCUGGACCCCAACAUUUUGCUUGGGGUCUUCCUCGUACACUUACAGCCUCCCAUUGCAGGAGAGGGUUGGGGGCAGGAGACUGGUUCCUAGCAGCCACUUCUAUCAACCUGUCAGCUUCAAUAAAAGUGGGGGGAGGGGAAAUUGGCUGGCAGCCUUCUUCCUGGUCCCUUGCAUGAAGGGCCCACCAGUGGUUUAGUGACCCCUCUUCAAUGGUUGUUAUCUAAGCCUUGUGUCUGCCCUGAUCUCCAGUCAGCCUGAGCCCGGUAUGCUUCUCACUUUUUCCUCUGGCAUCUGCUUGCCCACAGAGCCUACCAUGUGGGAACCCAGGAGGCCAACUAGUCUAGAAGACAGCCCUGUAGGGGCUCCUGAUGAGGCCCAGACUCAAUGGGGAGCAGAUAUAUUGCAACUGGGUUGCAACUUCAAGAAACUGAAGCCAGGAAACUUGCUGGGGAAGCAGUUUCUUCUAUUCCCUUAGCCCUCCCACCCCUCCAGGCUGGUGCACCUUCCACCAAUAGUAAACUCGUACUUGCCUUAGAAACCCCUGACCUUCUUCCCUGUCCUCCUUCUUGGGCUUAGUCUCACACAGGGGACACUAGAUGAGGGGUCUAGGAGCAACUCCCUUUUAGCCCUCUCUGCCUCCAACCUCUCUGUCCAUCUCCCUUCCCCAAUCUCUUGGGUCUGAGGCAUUCAAGAUCCUUUUCCAUGUCUGUCCAGGCUUUCCUUUCAUUCCUAUGGGGCCAUAUAGGGGCUUUGGAAGGGCCCAGAGGACCACCAUGAGGCUAAGUUGCCCCAGAGCCCCAGGACAUGGAUGGAUGGGCCUAUUUCUUCCUCAUUCUCUGCUCAUUUCCCCCCAAACCCCCAACUCCUUCUGUGGCCCCUCUUUCAUACUCCCCUAUCUCACCUUUACAAAAGGACACACCCUCUCGGUUUGCCCUCUGUUCCUCCCCUGCUUCCUCAUUUCUCCCAGGCUCUAUCCCUCCCCACCCAAACCCCCAGUCCAGGGCAGGCCAAUGCUAUUGGUGCUUCUUCACUUCGGGACCCAGUUCCAUAUUUGUCUUUGAUAUGUCUCCUCUUUCUGACACCUCCUUCAGUCCCUCUCUGGACCCCAGGGCCUAAGAGUCAAUGCUGACUGGGAAAGGGCCAUCCAUCUCCUACCCAGCUCGAAGCACUUCAGUCUGCCCUGGCCAUAGGGCUGCUCAGGGAAGGAUGAAGAAGGAAGAAUCCAGCCAUUUUCUGAUCCAGUGCCAAUUAGCCCACUUAUCAUCCCAAAGGUGAAUGUGCCCUGUGCCAAUUUCUCCUCAGGACUGAGUCAUCCCCUCCCACCUUCUCACCUCCCUAAACACCAUCCCCAGUAAUGUGCACUUUCCUGGGGUACCCAGAAGACAGGACCUUUGAUUUGGGGCCCGUCAUUUCUUUGGGUCAGAGUUUCCCCACUUGACAGGGGGAGUGUGAGAUUUACAUCCUCAAAUGCUCCAGAAUCCUUCAGUGAAAUAAUUAGGUUUUUUGUUUUAUUUUUCUUUUUAGAUUUUGGGGGAGGGAUUUGAGGAGAGAGGAGAGGAGAUGGGGAUGAGAGUGUUUCUAAGUCUGAACCUCUCUCUGUCCUGAGCUGUCCCCAUGGUUACUCAAGGAAAAGGGGGGAACAGUUUUGCCUGCAGCUCCAGAGACACAGAGAACAAAGAGGUGACCAUUUUUCUCUAAACUGGCCCCUGUGAGGGUCUGUGAGCAGCUUCUACUGGAACUUUGUUUGGAUUCUGUGUAUGUAUUUAUAAUUUAUUUGAAAUGUGAUGGAUAAAGUGUUCUCAUUUGGGGGCUGAAGUUAGCAACUGGCCCUUGAGCUAGGGGAAGGGGGGUGGGGUGGAUAUUCACUCCUGCCAAGGACUCCUAGCCCAGAACUCUCCCUAGAGCAGAGAAGGCUCUUUCUCUUCCUCAAGAGCCUAGCUUGUUCUCAUCCAGAAGGGCCUUGAUUUAGUCUAUGGCCUCUCCAUGACCGCCCUAAGAGGAAAGGCUACUUCACCUCAUAACUUCCAGCCAAGUGCUGAGGGCAGAGCUGUCCUCAUAGGACUCACAUCCCCUCUAAUCAGGGCUGGCACUACUGCUUUGCCUAGUAGGGCCUAAGGUAGGAGACCGUGUCUGGUUUCUUCAGACUGCAGGAGGCUAACAGGCAGGGCAUUUGCCCUUUGCCCUCCUAAAUUCUGACUCUGCCAGGGUACCCACCAAGGACUUUUUCUGAACUUGAGUUCUCCCCACUAUCAUGGUCAUAGGUCUCCUACUUCCAGGAUUGAAGAUCGGGGUGGGGGGAGAAUGUUGCAUGUUGUUUUCUGGUGCUUGUUAUUACACAUUUGAAUAAACAGUGCUUCAAAGCAUUUGCCAUGAAGGAGCCAA